AUGGCGGGUGCACAAUUCUCCAUCUCGGCCCUUAUCAGGCACCCAAUUGUCACCGUUUGGACCUGGCUUUACUUGAUCGUCCAGGCGGUCCUUCAAUAUGUCUUUUCACCCGUUCCGCCGCCUCCAGGUGCGGAUGACAACCCAGAUCUUCCGCGAAAGAGGGUCGCCGUCAUUGGCGCUGGUCUUACUGGAGUGUCUUCCGCCGCGCACUGCGUAGGUCAUGGAUUUGAUGUGCAGAUCUUCGAGUCUAGAAGCAAAGACCGCGGCCUUGGUGGAAUCUGGAGCAGAGUGAAUUCUACGUCUGCCCUCCAAGUACACAGUCUGAUGUACCGUUUUCACCCUUCAGUCCACUACGACAGUGCAUACCCUAGCCAGAAACAGAUCAAGGAACAGAUUGUCAAUCUCUGGAAGCGCUAUGAUCUCGAGCGACGCACAGUUUUCGAUACUCCUGUCACCUCAGUCAAAAAGACCAAGAAUGGCCAAUGGAUCAUUAACGAUGACGAGGCCCAGUACGGCCGCUUCGAUGGUGUUCUCACGGCUGUAGGUGUAUGUGGAGACCCGCAGAUGCCUUCUCUACCCGACCAAGAGAAAUUCAAGGGUCAAAUUUAUCAUUCGUCCAACUUGGAUGGUAAAGACGCCAAGGGCAAGAAGAUAUUGAUCGUCGGUGGUGGCGCCAGCGCAAUUGAAGCCCUUGAGUUUGCCGUCAAGUCAGGCGCGGCGGAGAUCGAUGUUCUGUCGCGCUCCGACAAAUGGAUUAUCCCGAGAAAUGUACUUGUGCAAUCUCUACUGGCGUUCAAUGUCUUUGGACAAGAGACUUCUCUCUCGUGGAUCCCUGAAUCGCUACUGAAGAAGUUCUUCUACCGCGAUCUUCAAGACAUUGCUCCGACCGACGAUGGGAUCUUCACUCAGACUCCCAUAGCAAACUCCCAGCUAUUUGAUCAAAUUCGUGAGGGCAAAGCCCACUGGCUGCGCGGAGACAUUGUCUCUGUGGAAGAAAAUGGUGUGAGGUUCAACCACCGCGCUCAAGGUGUUCCCAAGGGCGGCCCUGGCCGUGAAGGACUGGUCGAGGGUGACAUUAUUGUGAUGGCAACCGGCUUCAAGCGGCCUUCGCUGAAUUUCUUGCCUGAUGAAGUGUUCGAAGAGCCCUAUGGUCCACCCAACUGGUAUCUUCAAGUCUUCCCGCCCAAAUACCCGGACGUCUGUGCGAACAACAGCACCUAUGUCAAUGCUAUUGGCACCGUGGGUAACAUGCAUAUCGGAAUUUACACUCGUUUCUUGAUUAUGUUUAUGACUGACCCAUUAACCCGUCCCACGGAAGAGCGAAUGAAGACCUGGAUCGAUUUCACCCGGUUUAUGAAGCGAUUCUCGCCCACCAAGGCUUUUGACUUCUUUACCUAUGCGGAGCUUAUCUACUGGUAUUUGUUUGUGCUACUUGUCAAUCCAUUCCGGUGGAAGUGGGCUCUGUUCGUGUUCUUUGGCCUCGGACGUGCCCUUCCUUUAAUGGUUGUCGAGCAAGAGAACAACUUCCGGAAGGAGCUGCGGAAACAGCGGAAGAACGAUUGA